AUGGGUGGUGGAGACUUGAACAUGAAGAAGUCUUGGCACCCGCUCCUGUUAAAGAACCAGGAGCGGGUCUGGCUUGAAGAGAAGAAAGCGCUCGAGGAGAAGAAGAAGCUUGACCAGCUCCGCAAAGAGAAGGAGGAGGAGCGUCAGCUGCAAGAGUUGCAGCGCCUGCAGGAAGAGCAGACGGGGAACAAGAGACAGGAGAAGCUGGAGUGGAUGUAUGCUACUCCAGCGACGGGUAUCAACCAGAACACAAACGAACUGGAGGAUUACCUCCUGGGAAAGAAGCGAGUGGACAAGAUACUGACGGCUGGCGAGAACGAGAAGGUCGGGGCCGCACACAAGAACUUCAUUGCCACCCAGUAUGCAAACACAAUGCGUGACACCGCCGCCAAGGUUCGCGAAGACCCCCUGCUUGCCAUCAAGCAGCAGGAACAGGCCGCGUACCAGGCUCUUAUGUCCAACCCUCUCCGGUUGCGCGAGAUGCAGGAGCGUGCGGGCAUCAAGCCCAAGAAGGACAAGAAAGACAAGGAGAAAAAGGAGAAGAAGCAUAAGAAAGACAAACGCAGGGAGCGCUCUGCGUCGCCGUACGACGAAUAUCACCGUUCGGGUUCGGAUUCCAGGGAUCGAUACUCUCAUUCGAAGAUGUCCCCGAGUCCAUAUGACCGCCGUAGCCGCUCUCCACCACCUCCCCGGUCUCGCUACGACGGCAACGAACAAUACUCCCGCAGACGUGGAAGAACCCCGAGUCCCGAUUACAAUCGCAGAGACCUCAACCCCAGUCACGACAAGGGCCGGGGCACGCGUUAUGACGACGGGGUGCGUACAUGGCCGAAGUCAGAUGAGUCCGACGAGGGCUUCGACAGACGGCGAAGCUCCCGUGUCGGCGAUGACAGGAAGAGGAGACGAAGUCGCAGUAGGAGCCCCCCACGCUACGACCUUCCAAAGCGUUCUCGUAUGAGCUCUCCACCACCUCGUGCAUCUCAACCACAGCCAUCGUCGAGCGCUGCCGACGAUCGUGCUGCCCGUCUCGCGUCUAUGUCCGCGGACGCGUCGAACCUCACUGUAGAGCGGCGGGAACGCCUCACCGAGCUCCUGGAGAGGGAGAAAGCCGAAGCCGAGGCGGAGGAGCGUGCCAGGGCGAAGUCAAGGGGUAUGGGCGAUUUCCUAAGCUAUGAGCAGAAGAAGGUCUUCGGCGGAGCAGGCGGUCUCGAGGAGCGCAUACGGCGAGGAAGAGGGCAGCUACGCGUUGAUGCUGACUGA